CCUUGCACUUGAAUAUUUACUUAAUUUUUAUAGGCUUAUUUGAGACCAGGUUAGGGUAAUGGGGUAGGAUCUGAGCCAGACACAAACUCUGGUCGCCUGUACAUAAUGCUACACUGAAAUCAGAAGGAUAGCAUUUAUAUGCACUCAUGUAAUUACCAUCAAUUCCAGAAUUACUAGUGAACUCUAGACUUUCCUUAAGCCCCAACAUUUUGAGUGGGUGUCAAUUAAUCCUCGUGAUGCAAAAGGAUAUUUAUAACUGCAUAUUCGCAGUGGCAGCACGAGCGUAAUGAAAUGUGCAGGUGUAACAAUUACAGCUGAGUUCACAUUACAGUUUUGCUGUCUGAGACCGAUUUCAGGGAUUGUAAAAGAUUUCUCUUUUACGGCAAAUUCAGCAGUCUUAUGACCUUCACAGCGGCCAAUGAAUUUACGAUAAAUAUUAAUCUAUGAAAAGCAUCUGAAAUUUGCUUUGGGCGGGGUGAUUGCUAUGACCAAAGUCUUGGCUGUGAUGUGAAUCAGAGGUAUAAUCGUAGAUAAUACAGUAUACACCUGGCUUAAUGUGUUUGCUUUUCAUUUUUUCAUACUAGAACUAAAAAUGACUUCCUGUCUUUGGAAGUGAGAGAGAAGUUAAACUACCUAACGGCAUUUUAUUCCAACAGCAACAAAAAAUCAACUUCUGAACUCUCCAGUAGGACCUUCCCUUGGUGACAAAGUCGGCAUGAAAUGGAAGUUGUGAUCAGCUUUUCUUCCCUAUUGUGAUGUAUAUCUGAAUGAAGCAGCUUCUUGAAAAAGAAAAAAUGUUAUAGGACUUAAUUUUGACCAUCUGCAAUUGAUUUCAUUGUUGGCAUUUGGUAUUGCUGCGAUCUCAUGUGAGUGACAGGUUGCUGAAGGGAAGGUUUUAAUACCCAGCCAUCAUGCCAGCACACGUCAUCAGAGAAAAAAUGUCAUUGCAAGGGGGAGGGGAAGCUAUUUUGAUUAAAAAAAGUGCUGACUUGAAUGGCAAGUAGUUAGAAUGUGGUUAAUGUGUUGCAUCCCUUUGCAAAAUGGCUAGCAUGCAUAUUACACAAUGUUUGGUAUAGAGUAUGUCAAAAGACUUGUAGGUCAGUGGUUCUCAUCUCCAGUCCUCGGGACCCCCCCACACAUUUUGUAUGUCUUCCUUAUUCAACACACUUGAUUCAGAUCAUCAGCUCAUUAGGAAAGAUCCAUUAACUAAACCAAGUGUGUCACAUAAGACAGACAUUCAAAAUCUGCAGCGCAGUGGGUCCCCUGGACAAGAGUUUGAGAACCACAGUUGCUGUGGUUUACAAGCCAGAUGGUGCAAUAUCCUCGUAUUCUGCUGGAGGUUGGUGAAUGUACGGCAAUGAAAGACAUCAGGGUUGGUAGAGAGAGUAUGGAAGAGGAUCAUAGUAUUUAAACCUUUAAGCACUCAGAUCCUUGCUGUCAGCAACAUUAGUCAGUGCUGCUUCCUGCAGUUGCUCAGGGGUCUGACUCUGAGGUAUUAUAGGCAUCUAAUGCAUCUACUCCCCCAGUAACCUGUGCAUCUCCCAGACUGAGAGGACGCUGGCACCAUGAACAAGCUUAAAGGCAGGAGGCAAAGCCUUUUCCCAAACUAUAAACUUGGGGUCACAUUCCUUGCUCCCAAGGAUCCAGAGGACUCUGAGCUUCCUUUCGGUCAACACAACUGGGUAAAACCAUGGAAUUCGAUGCAGGAAUUAAGUAAGGAUAUAUAUGACAUCUAUGCAGAGUAUGAAGACGAUGAAGAAGAGAGGUUGAUGUCGACUCCUGGUAAACUCUCCUCUCCAAAUAAAAACUACAUGCUGAACAUCAACGUAGGAGGCAAGGUCUACCAGAUCUCUUACAGGGUAGCAGCAAAAUAUCCCAAGACAAGAAUUGGACGACUAGCAACGUAUACUGACCACAACAGGAAACUUGACCUCUGUGAUGAUUACACGGUCCAGAACAAUGAGUUUUUCUUUGACAGGGAUCCAGACAUCUUCCACAACAUCUUCAACUUCUAUAGGACUGGAGUUCUCUGGAUCAAAGAUGAAUUGUGCCCACGCAAUUUUUUGGAGGAGAUCAACUACUGGGGCGUUCGUAUCAAGAAUACCCAUCGCUGCUGCCGCAUUUCGUUCGAGGAACGGCAAGAUGAACUCAAUGAACAGCUGAAGAUACAACGGGAACUCGAGGCAGAGGUGGAAACUGAGGAGCACGAGGACUUGUUUCAGGAUAUGGCUUUCGGUCAUUCACGUUUCCUCAUCUGGAACAUGAUGGAGAAGCCAUUCUCUUCAGUCAUAGCCAAGCUCAUGGCAGUAGCAUCCAGUUUCUUCGUGCUGGUAUCACUCGUGGCUAUGACUCUCAAUACGGUAGAGGGAAUGCAGUAUACAACUACCACCGGCCAGCUGAGCGGGAAGACCUACUGCGAGUAUGUUGAGACUUUCUGUAUUGCAUUUUUUACCAUGGAAUAUCUGCUCCGGCUUGUGUCCACACCGGAUCUCAAACACUUUGGAAGGAGCGUGCUGAAUGCUGUGGACCUGAUUGCAAUCCUUCCAUUAUAUCUUCAGAUGGCCCUAGAGUGUUUCGAGAAAGAAGACUAUGGGAAACAUGGUAGUGAUAUCGAGACUGUAGGACGGGUGGGUAAAUUGGGCCAAGUUCUCCGCAUCAUGCGUCUCAUGAGGAUAUUUCGUAUCCUAAAACUAGCACGUCACUCGACUGGACUUCGAGCCUUCGGAUUCACACUCCGGCAAUGUUACCAACAAGUGGGCUGUCUUUUCCUCUUCAUUGCGAUGGGAAUUUUCACCUUCUCUGCCAUGGUUUAUACCGUAGAGCAUGACGUGCAUCAAACAAACUUCACCAGUAUUCCACAUGCAUGGUGGUGGGCAGCUGUGAGCAUCUCCACUGUGGGGUAUGGCGACAUGUUUCCAGAGACUCCUCUGGGCAGGAUUUUUGCAUUUGCGUGCAUCUCAUUUGGAAUUAUUCUCAAUGGCAUGCCAAUCUCCAUCCUGUUCAAUAAAUUCUCAGACUACUAUUCAAAGCUGAAAGCCUAUGAAUACACCUCCAAUUUAAAGAAUCGCGGGAAAGUGAGGUUUGUGAAAAGGGCUGCAAAGAAGUUUUCAGAAUGUUUUUAGGUUGCCAAGUGCUGACCUUCUCUUUCCACCAAUGGACUGAUUUUUAAUUCAUGGACUUGGUGGACUUCUUUUCAAAAAAAAAAAAAAUUCAAACCGACCAGACCAAUUAAGUAACGGUCUUUAAACAAAUUAGCCACUGCUUGCUUUUAUGCUGCUGGAUACAUGCAUAUUGAGGAACUUUUGUACUAUAAACAAAAGUAAUUUCUUUUAAAACGAAUCAACACAUUUAGACUGCUCUAACAAGGAUGCCAUUAAUAAAUACUUGCCUUGGCACAACAA